AUGACGAUCGAUUGUAAAUAUUAUCUUUGUGAUGCCCACUUCCCAUUGGUUCCAGGAUUUCUUGCACCAUAUCGUAGGACUCGUUAUCAUCGUAUAGACAUUGAGGGUCAACAUCCUGAAAGUAGUAAGGAGUUGUUCAAUUUUCGCCAUUCAUCUCUACAUAAUGUUGUUGAGAGGACAAUUGGUUUGCUUAAGAGAAGAUUUACAUAUUUGAGGCAUCAACCCUACAACGACAUUGAAACACAAGCAAAGAUAGUCCUUGCUUGUUGUGUCGUCCACAACUUCUUAAGGAAUGAUGAUAUAGAAGAUGUUUGUGGUGAGGACGUAGAUACUAGCGAUGAUGAGGAUAACCCUACACAUGUUGUCGAUGUAUCUAAAGACGAGACUCCAAAUGCUCAUAUAUUUUUCACAGCUGAUGCAGCAUGGUCUAAUAAUAGGAAUAUAAUUGCUGAUUUAAUAUGGGCUGAUUAUCGUCCCAACCAUGAUGCAGGAGUUGAUUUCGAUUAA